AUGUCUUCUUCGAUUACUAUCGAGUCACCAAGUAUUUCCAUUCCAUGCCCCAGUAAGCCUAAAAAUCCCACCCAACAUGGAUUUCCUGGGUCUGGGGUGUCCCUGGAGAUGUAUAACAUGCCGGAGAGGAAUGCGAUCUCUAGAGAUUCUAUCAGCAGAACACAAAACCUCGAAUCUCUACCUCCCUCAAAUCAUGAGUCAACCAGGUCUUCACCACCUGGCCCAAUGGUGGAUCAGAUGCAAACUAUUUGGGAGCCUUACAAAAAUAGAUUCCGUGUUUUGGCGACGUCUUUGACAGCCCUUUCAAACGGUAUGAAUGAUUCAGCCAACGGAGCCUUGAUUGGGAGCAUUGAAAAGUAUCCUUACCCAUCUCUCUAUGGCACUGUUUCAACCAUCUUUCUUUGCAACGCUCUGGGCUUCAUCGUGGCGGCGUUCUUCGUCAGCUCAAUGUCCCAGAGGCUUGGGCGAGCCAAAACUCUGAUUAUUUCCGAGGUAUUCCUGAUGUUUGGCUACGUUAUUAUCGUUACAACUCCUUCAUUUGGUGUCGUGGCCAUCUCAUACCUUCUCCUGGGCAUCGGUAUGGCUAUAAACCUUGCCAUCGGACAGGUGUACUGCGCGAACCUGGCGAACAACACUGUCAUUCUAGGGCUUUACCAGGGUGCCUACGGAAUUGGAGGCACCAUGGCUCCUUUGAUCGCUACGUCCAUGGUAUCACGAGGAUAUCUAUGGUCACGCUUCUAUAUCAUCUUACUGAGUAUUGCCGCUUUUAACCUAUUUUUUGCUGCAUGGGCAUUUUGGGGGUAUGAGAAGCAUGAAGACGAAUCAGAUCCUGCUUUGCCACCACCAGCAAGCGAACAAAGCAAUCGCAACCAGUUCUCAACGACUCCAGGGCGAAGGUGGAGUUCUAUGAAGACACUCUUGACCAACAAAGCCACGGUUUUCGGAGCUUUGUUUAUCUUCGCGUACCAGGGCGCUGAGGUAUCUAUUUCUGGAUGGGUGAUCUCGUUCUUGGUGCAGUUCCGCAAUGGAGACCCAACUAAGGUUGGAUAUGUGACUUCUGGUUUCUGGGCCGGCAUUACUCUGGGUCGCUUUACCCUCUCAUUCUUAGCUCACAACAUGGGUGAGCGCUCCUUCGUGUUCAUCGUGACUGCCGGAGCUUUGGUCCUAGAAAUUAUCGUCUGGUUCGUGCGUUCUAUCCCCGGAGACUCUGUCGCAGUUGCAUUCUCCGGCCUCCUUCUUGGUCCAAUCUAUCCGGCAGCCGUUCACAUCUUUCAACGUCUCAUCCCCAAGAAGAUGCAAAUAUCUUCUUUAUCUCUGAUUGGAUCUGUCGGAACUUCUGGUGGAGCUAUCGCUCCGUUCAUGACCGGAAUGAUUGCUCAGAAAGCCGGAACAUUCGUCCUGCAUCCGAUCUGUAUAGGGUUAUUCGCCAUCAUGGCAGUAACUUGGUGGAUGCUGCCAGAACCAGAAAGAAAAUCGGAGUAG